UGGUUGAGACCUUAUAUUUCUGGGUUGUGGACAAUAUUCUUCAUAUCUGAGAUGUUCUUCCGACUGCUAUUUCUUGCAGUUAACACCCCUUUGAGUUGUAACAACCAAGGGCAUUUCUCUGUCUCUUUCUCUUCGAAGCCAUGUCUUCUGGUAGAUCGAAAUCAGUGAGAUUUCAAGAUGAUACGGAUACCGAAACAGCAGACUCUGUGCAGCCCAAUAGAGGAGGUCAUGACUUGACAUUCACCAGUAAGAUCAGAGGGAGGCACAAGGCUCAUUUCUGGCCCAAGAAGGGUGCCAUCAGAAAAUCCUGGCACAGAAAAGAGCUCUCCAGAGUUUUCUCUGAGGACUACGACGUGGUAGACACGAACAUAUUGGAUCCUCGAGGACCCAUAAUCAACAGGUGGAACAAGAUCUUCUUGGUGGCAUGUUUGAUCUCUCUCUUUGUGGACCCUCUCUUCUUUUACCUGCCUAGGGCCCACAAGGACAUUUGCAUCAACGCAUCCGUACCUCUCGAGGUGGCUCUCACCAUUGUUCGCUCGGCAGUCGACGCGUUUUACAUAAUUCAGAUAUACGUUCGGUUUCACACGGCUUACGUUGCUCCUUCCUCUCGCGUAUUUGGUAGAGGAGAGCUCAUAGUAGAUUCUUCUAAGAUAACUUCGAGGUACCUGCAGAGAGAUUUCUGGCCUGACCUCGUGGCAUGCUUACCUCUUCCGCAGGUUUUGAUUUGGCUGGCAAUCCCGAAUUUGAGGGGCUCUUCUGUGGACAGCGUCAGGAACGUGAUUCGAUUCAUUAUCAUGUUUCAGUACCUCCUGAGGCUGUAUCUUCUGUUUCCGCUCUCGUCUCAAAUAGUCAAGACCAGCGGAGUGGUGACGAAAACUGCCUGGGCUGGGGCUGCUUAUAACUUGAUGCUGUACAUGUUGGCAAGCCAUGUUCUCGGAUCGUCCUGGUACCUUUUAUCUAUUGAAAGGCAAGAAGAGUGUUGGAGGAAAGUAUGCAAUCAGGAAGAACCACAUUGCAGCUUUGCAUACUUGGGUUGCCAGAGCGUAGGGAACCCGAGGAGGGCUGCCUGGUUCAGGUCGAGCAACAUAUCGGGCUUAUGUCAUCCGAAUGACAACUUCUUUCAGUUUGGCAUAUACGCUGAUGCAUUGACUUUCGGAGUCACAAACUCGAGGUUCUUCAACAAGUACUUCUACUGCCUGUGGUGGGGCCUGAGGAAUCUAAGCUCGGUUGGACAGAAUCUCUCCACGAGCACUUAUGUCGGAGAAAUAAUAUUUGCCAUCGUGAUUGCGAUCCUUGGAUUAGUGCUCUUUGGACUGCUUAUUGGGAAUAUGCAGACGUAUCUCCAAUCGACAACAAUGCGCCUGGAAGAGUGGAGGAUCAGGCGGACGGACACAGAACAGUGGAUGAAGCACCGACAAUUGCCGCACGAACUGAAGCAGAGUGUCCGAAGGUAUGAUCAGUACAGAUGGGUCGCUACUCGAGGAGUCGAUGAGGAAGCCAUUUUAAGGAGCCUUCCCUUGGAUCUCCGAAGAGACAUUAAGCGACACCUAUGCCUCAAUUUAGUGAGACAAGUACCGCUGUUCGAUCAAAUGGAUGAGAGGAUGCUCGAUGCGAUAUGUGAAAGGCUAAAGCCUUCUCUGUGUACCCCCGGAACGUUCGUGGUUCGGGAAGGUGAUCCCGUCAAUGAAAUGAUCUUCAUCAUCCGCGGCCACUUAGACUCAUACACAACGAAUGGCGGUCGGACUGGGUUCUUCAACUCGUGCCGUAUUGGCCCGGGCGAUUUCUGCGGCGAGGAGCUGCUGACGUGGGCUCUCGACCCUCGCCCAAGCAUCGUCCUCCCGUCUUCUACGCGGACCGUAAAGGCUAUAAGCGAGGUCGAAGCCUUUGCUCUCGUGGCGGAGGACCUGAAGUUCGUGGCUUCGCAGUUCCGUAAGCUGCAUAGCAAGCAGCUGAGGUACACUUUUCGCUUCCACUCGCACCAGUGGAGGACGUGGGCAGCGUGCUUCAUCCAGGCGGCAUGGUUUCGAUACAAAAGGCGAAAAGAAGCAGAAGAGCUGAAGAGAAGGGAGAGCUUCGUGGCUUCGAUUUCGGAGCCGGCGGUGGAUCAAAAUGCCGUCUCCUCCUUGCAUCGGACAGGAUCCGGUUUCAUGAUGUACGCGGUGAGAUUGGCCACGGGCAUUAGGAGGGGCGGGAGCCAACGCUACGGAAAUGAUGUCGAUAUCUUUAGCUCGUUGCAGAAGCCGACAGAGCCCGACUUUACGGUUGAAGAUAGAUGAAGAGUUAGAGAUUGAUAUAGAUAAGCUGAGAGAAGUUAGUUUGAAGAUAGUUAAUUUGAAGAUUCAUUGGUAUAUAAGUUUGAUCUUUGGCGAGAGAGGGUAUGCGACAUUGAAGUAGUGGGGUUAUUAGUUAAGAGUUAUGGCAAUGUCCAUGACUGAUACCCUAAGUCCCUAUGUAAGGAGAACCCUCCCAACAUUACCUCAAUGCGUUACUUAUAUCCCAGGA